UUUUACGUAACAAACGGGUGUACACCUGUAUGUUGCCAAGUCUCUACUGGCACAUAAACUAGAGACACAUUGUAGGCUACAGCUAUGGCUAAACACAGUUUUUAAAUACAUUUAUAAUAACCGGCAUACAUUGUAUGCCGAUCAUCUAGCCUACAAUGUCGGUCCAACACCCCGACAGAGAGGACGACGUCGAAGGAAGAAGAGGAUUCUUCAUCGAACCAGAAUACGACUGGGACGAGGAGCAGGAUAAUGUAGACCACCACACACUUAUUUUACAAAAAGCUGAUGCACUGGCAUCAGAAAACCGUCUCAAAGAAGCCAUCGAUGUUUACUCGAUGGCCUUGAGAUAUGGUUCUGUAGGGCCGGAGCAGAUGAGCACUUUAGUGGAUUGUAUUCUGCGCAACUUCAAGAGAAAGCUGGGAAAGGAUGAGGCGCCUUCGGAACGAAAGCUACAUAUUUUGGAUAACGCCGGGGAGGAGGAUGUUUUUGACUGCUCGAAUUGUCACAGAUUUCUAGGCGAGCCCGUGACUAUCGGCUGUGGACAUUCGUACUGUAAAAGAUGUUUACAACAUCAGCUGCUCUCCAAAUGCAAGCUGUGUAGCGAGGUAGGAGGCAUGCCGACGGAGCUUAAAACGAAUGUGAUUCUAUUCGGACUUUUGGAAAAGUGGUUUCCCGAGGAGCUGAAAAGGUCUAGAGCUAUUAGUGAAAUUGAAGACCUGUCUCGAAGGAAACAUUUCGAGGAGGCCGUAUCACUAGCGACAGAUAUGAUUGAAUCUGAUCCUGGGGAUGAGGCAGUGCGGUGGUCACGGGUCAAGGCCUACACCGGGCUCCAGCAGUACCGAUUGGCCCUGGAGGACGCUGAACUCUGUCUUCGCUCUGCCCACUCUGCAGAGGGUUUCUACUGGAAGGCCAAGGUGCUCCAGGACAUGGGCCAGGUGGACGACUCGCUGCAGGUUUUCCUCCACUGUCUGGCCCUGGACGAGGACUUCACCCUGGCAAAACGAGAGGUGGAAAUGAUACUGUGCGACCUGCUGUCUCCGGCCGGCGAGAACGUGAAGGUGGGCCUGAGGGAGACGGCGCAGAGCACAUCGCCUCGCCUGCGUAGUAAAACUGUGGUGGCGGACGCCCAGGCCAGGGCCCAACAGCAUCAGGCCGAAGCCAAACACCCUGCCCUGCACCAAGUCCAGGCUCGCACUUCCUUGGCAGACCCCAGCCCCGCCGCACAACACGAGAAGCCGGGUCGCUCCGGGAGCCUGGAGCGUUCGGGCCUCAGCCGCGGUCACUCGAUGCGAGCCCACGGGCCGGGCCUGGGUCUGGGCAGCUUGGAUGAGGGUCUGAAACGUGUCUGCUCUGCACCCCAGCUGGGGGACCAGGAGAAAGGCGUGCUGCUGAAGAGGAAGCUGUCGGCCUCCGAGGGCGGACCCCACGUCGUCUACAGCCACGGGAGCAAGCAUAAGAAACAAGGAGGGGCCUGUGGUGUUUCGAGCCAGAGAGCCUCAGCGCGCCCUCACAGAGUCGUACCCAAGGACCUACUGGACCCCAACGACCUGGAGUGUUCCCUCUGCAUUAGAUUGUUCUACGAACCGGUGACCACGCCGUGCGGUCACACCUUCUGUAAAAACUGCCUGGAGCGCUGUCUGGACCACACACCCCAGUGCCCCCUCUGCAAGGAGAGCCUCAAAGAGUACCUAGCAGCCAGGAAGUACACAGUCACCAGUGUGCUGGACCGAGUGAUAAAGCAGUACCUGUCUGAGGAGCAGUCGGAACGGCAGAAGACUCACCUGGAGGAGACCAAAGAGCUCGCAGACCUGACGAAGAAUGUCCCCAUCUUUGUGUGCACCAUGGCCUACCCGACCGUGCCGUGCCCCCUGCACGUCUGACCGCGCUACCGCCUCAUGAUCCGCCGCUGCAUGGAGACCGGCACGCGGCAGUUUGGGAUGUGCAUCAACGACGCUCAGAAAGGAUUUGUGGAGUACGGCUGCAUGCUGAUCAUCCGGAGCGUCCACUUCCUCCCAGACGGGCGUUCCGUGGUGGACACCAUCGGAGGGAAGAGGUUCCGGGUGCUGACCCGCGGGAUAAAGGACGGGUACUGCAUCGCCGACAUCAAGUACCUGGAGGAUACCAGGGUGAGCGACGACGAGGAGCUGACACAGCUGCAGCAGCUGCACGACGUCGUUUACGAACAAGCGCGCACCUGGUUCCAGAACCUCAAGAACCGCUUCCGCAACCAGAUCCUUCAGCACUUUGGCGCCAUGCCCGAGAGAGAGCCCGACAUCCAGGCGACACCCAACGGUCCGGCUUGCUGCUGGUGGCUGCUGGCCGUGCUGCCCAUCGACCCUCGCUACCAGCUGUCGGUGCUUUCCAUGACCACGCUGCGCGAACGCCUGGUCAAGAUCCAGCACAUCCUCUCCUACCUGCAGAGCAUCCCCAACGAGUAGCAGAGUAGAGUUCCACCCGACCACCGCUACUUCUUACAUCCUGGUUCCGACACCGUGUACCUCCAUACCACAUCUAACAACACAGACUCCCACGACUCCAUACAUCGGAUGUCGCUACUUAUUACUGCUGAGGCAUCCCCCACAAGACAUCCCUGAGACAUCUGGACAGUGAGACGUCAAUGAGACAUCCCACUGAGAAGACAGAGUUACACAACACUUCUACGACACCAGCAAGAUCCCAGUCACAUAAGCAGCUAGCUUUAGCAACACGACAGCUAGCUUUAGCAACACGACAGCUAGCUUUAGCAGCACGACAGCUAGCUUUAGCAGCACGACAGCUAGCUUUAGCAGCACGACAGCUAGCUUUAGCAGCACGACAGCUAUCACAUACCAGCUAGGUUCAUCAGUGAGAAUCCACAGACGGCUGAGAAAUCAGCCGAAUUCUAAGAAUUGGUCUUAUCUCUUGUAAUGACGCUUUCUCUCUCCACCCUCCAGGGGCGUUCUUGUCUCUGGUUUUUGGUAGGCUGAGAUAGAUGUCUCUCUCUUUCUCUCUCUCUCUCUGUGAUGUUGGUGAUGUUGGCCACUGUCAGCUUGGUUACUAGAGAGAGAAAUUGGUGAAGGAGAUGUCUCCGGUUGUCUUGUCUACUCAAGACGACCCAAGCAUCCUCUCUAUUCGGUCACUGUUGAAGGGUAGAAUGGAGGGGGCGGGUGGAUGUGUGUUUGUUUCUAUGGGUGGACGGUGCUUCUGUGCAAAUCCCAAAUGCUGAAAUUGAGUCUG